CCCCUAUUGUGAGUUUCACCCGGAAAAUAUUUCACCCGAAAAAUUAUUGUUCCCCCGGAAUUUUUAAAGCUAUUGUGAGUUCCACCCGAAUGAAUUUUCACUUCGAAUUAGAGGUGACAUUUCGAAAAAAAGAAGCGUUCAUUGAAAAGGCAAAUACAAGCUGAACGAAAUAUCUGAACAAAUCCCAGAAAAAAGUACAAUAGGACGGUGUUCUAGUUUUGCAAAUAAAUUAUUAUUUUCAACCCCUUUUGGAAUGAAAAUGACAAUUUGUUGAGUUAAAAACUUUAUUAAAUAUUUUUUGUAUGUUAGAAGUAAUUUUUCAAGAAAAAAAAAACAAACGACGGUAUCCAUAACCAAAACAAAAAAAACCGGAACAAUUAAGAACUACAUCACUUCGAACACGGCUAAACAGAUUUUUGACAGAUGAGUGAAGUGUGAAUUAAAAUUUUUAAAAAAGUAAACAAUAUCCGUGCAUUCCGUGAUUCCGUCUUUAACUCAUAAAAAUAAAUAUACUUGAAAAUAAGUAAAUAAAACGAAUAAAAAUUGUUUUUUGUGAUUCUGCCGUAGCCUUUAUUUGCUCUCAUCAAAAGGUAUGAACUUGAACAGUAUGAUAUUUUAUUACACAAAUUGUUUAGAAUUGUUUUUAUAUUUUACUUUAGCAACAUGUAUAGCAUAGCCCUGAGGGAAAUGAUUAAUGAUGAGGAAGAAAAACAAAAACAAAAAUCAAUCAGAAGACAACUCAGAGAUUCUUCAAACCCUUUGGAGUUGCGUGAGCCAUUAUUUCAUCAACACUAUCGAUUAAAUAAAGAAGCCUUCAAAUAUUUGUUGGAUGUUCUUUCCAGUUCCUUGCCCCCAGUAAAACAAAAAUUUGGUGUGCCCCCAAUUAUAAAACUUGCAGCCACCUUACGUUUCCUUGCGGAGGGCGGGUACCAAAAGGGAGUUGGGAAGGACCAUGAAGUUGGGUUGGCACAACCAUCUGUAAGCCUUAUUAUGGCUGAAGUGUUGAACGUGUUGGAGGAGAGGCUUUGUCCAGAAUGGAUAAAGUGGCCAACACAAAACGAAUGUAGAAGAAUCAGCCAAGAUUUCUUCAUGAAAUUCAAUAUGCCAAGCAUAAUAGGAUGUGUAGAUGGAACACAUGUCAACAUUAUAUCGCCAUCACACAACAAACACCUUUUUUAUAACAGGAAAGGCAAAUUCAGUUUGAAUGUUUUACUCAUUUGUGAUAAUGAGUUGCGAAUACGCUACGUUGAUGCAACACAUGCUGGAGCAUGUCACGAUUCUUUUGUUUGGAACGUGAGCAUGAUAAAAUCCAAACUGCAGGAAGAUUAUUUGCGGAAUGGUAGCAAUGGUUGGUUGUUAGGAGAUGCCGGAUACCCCUUACAGCCUUGGCUACUUACGCCUUAUAGAACACCUCAAGUAGGCUCUGUUGAGGCAAAAUUUAAUGAUGUUCAUUCAAGAUGCAGAAAUAUAAUCGAAAGAACUAAUGGCGUCUUAAAAAACAGGUGGAGAUGUCUGCUGAGUGCUCGAGAAUUGCACUAUUCCCCAUCGAAAGCAGUGAAAAUUAUAAAUGUAUGUGCAGCACUGCACAACAUUUGCAUUCACUACAAAAGUGACAUCGAGCACGAGGACAUAACAGAAACCUCCAGUGAAGUGAUGGAGAAUCAAUCAAGUAUUCAUCCCGAUGAAAAUUUUCUACCUGCAAGUCAGCGUAUUCGAAAUGAAAUUGCAAAUUCCUUAUAAUUAAUUUAAAUGAGGAGAAAAAAUAAUUAAAAAAGAUUUAAACGUAAA